CCUGAGUACUGUUUUGAUUGACCCGCAUCCUUAUUAUGUUUACGACCAAAUGUAAACAAAACGUAAGUAUAUAUAGGUAGGGGAUAAACAAACCAAUUCAAUACAAACGCUCACUUUUUUGAAUAGCAAAUAGCGAUGAAUAAUUCAAAAGCGUCGAUUCCUGGACAAUACGAAGACGAAAACUGUGUUAUAUAUAUUGGAAAUAUCGAUUCCCGUGUUUCGGACGAAGAAAUCAUUAACCUCUUUUCAAAAUACGGACAAGUAGUUUCACUUUUUCGUCGGCUGCUCGACAGUUUUUACCCCAGAGAAAAAGCAAAGAACUUUAAGCCGCCAAGGAAUGGAGUACAAUAUGGCUUUAUACGAUUCUCUAAGCGUGACAGCGUUGAUGCCGUUCUAAAGGAUGCUAAAGGAAUGGUGCUUGGCAAAAGAAAACUAUCUAUCAAAGCCAGAGUACUGAAUCCUUCAAAAGUCACAGAAAAGAAGCAAAAACGAGCCAAUAACUCACCUAAUUCUGAAACGCCUGACAACGAAGUCCAACUAAACGCAGAAAAUAAUGCUCAAUUAUUAGACAAAGAAGUAAGGAUCAGUUCGCCCAAACCGUUGAAUUCUACAAUGAUCAAUUCCUCGGAGACUGAAUCCCAACAUAACAACAAGACUAACUACACUCCAGCUUCGGCAGAUUUAAACUUCAAAGAAGCUGUUCUGUCUCUAGGGUUAGAGGAAUUUAGCAUGCAGGCAGCACCAACGGCCUUUUCAUCUAUGUUUACUUUAACGGUAAUGAAUAUUCCAGCUGAAAUGACCCCUAUUGAUUUAUACAAUUACUUUAAAGCCGCUGGAACAGUGAAAGGAACUGCAGUAAGCCAGUUCACCGACAAGAAAGGGUAUCGGUAUGGAGAAGUCAUUAUGGAUUCGCUUGAAGCCUGCAAAUCAGCAAUUAAUGUACUAAAUGGAUCUUAUUUCAACGGAAGUAAACUUGAUGUGACCAUGAAAAAGAUCGCAUAUCCCAAUAAUCGCGUAGUGAACUUAACCCCUUCCACCGAAAGCUUAUGGCCAUUUCCACAAGAAGAUUAUGAAAAUGCUUUCUUCAAAAACGACGUGCACAACAAUGGCAUGACAUGGAUGAUGGGUUCUCCGACCAAGGAUCGCUAUCAAUGGGGAACUUCAGCAGAGCAAAUUGAUAUUUCUAAUUAUCCCAAAAACAACUUUCCUAGAAACAAUGCACUUCCUUCAAUAUCCCAAUGGGAAUCUUUGCAAAACAAUCCAAUGCACUCUGCUCCUCCUGAUCCAUCCAAUCUCUAUGUUAAGAAUUUGGAUGACACUGUUAUUUCAACAAAAGAUCAGUUAGAAGCUAUCUUUUCUCCAUUUGGAAAUAUAACGUCUUCAAUGUUAGCCUGCUAUCCAAACUCAGGUAUAUCAAAAGGAUAUGGGUUCGUAGCAUUUCAUCGCAUAGAAGAAGCUAUUGCAGCAAAGGAAAGACUAAACGGUGCUAUGAUUGGAAAAAAGAGAAUCUUUGUAUGCUUUGCUGAAAGAAAAACAGACAGGAUCCGCCGCCUCCAGGAAUUGUUUGCAGAACAAAGGGCUACGGAUAAUGUGUCGAAAUCUUCAAUCUUUGUUCGUCCUGAGAAAAAGGUUCCUGUUAUCAUAAGGAAGCCUGAUGAUACGAAUGUUAAGUCACCAACGAGUUCUCAGUCCAUUGAGAACAACAAAGAUGAUAAAAGCAACAGCUCAGAAGUGUCUAAUAAAACUGAGAAUGAAAAUCAAAAUAACCAAAGUACCACGGCGGAUGAAAACUGCAAUGAUGUUCAUGAUACAACGCCCAAGAAAAGUCUGAUGAAAGAAGAGAAACCAGAAAAAACCCCUUUGAAAGAGAACUUAAACUCGACUGAAAUUCCUGUGAAAAAGCAGAUGCCAGUAAAAUCUCAAUCGAUUGCUAAAAAUCUUCAGAAAAUCGAAGAGAUGUUAAACCGUAAAAAAAUAAAGAGUUCCUGCUUUGUUCCUCGGGCAAAAGCAACUACUUGCACGACUUUGACUUAUGUAACAGUAGAACCUAUUCAUCUUCAGGAAGAAGAAUUGUUUCUCGAGGAUGCAUUUCCCAAUGCAAACAAUUUGAAAAUGGAGCCAGAUAUGUCCAUGAAACCUAUUCAAUUGAAUUCCACAAAAUAUCAGGAUUCCAACAAAGAAAACUUCGAAUCUACUGUGAAAGUCGGAAAUGCAUCUCCUUCAGCAAUACACUUAUCACAGUUGUAAAUCGCAAUCAAGAAGUCAUUUACUUGAAUUUUAAUGACUUAAAAUUACAUCCAUAUUCUAUUCCAGCUCAUGCGAAAGAUUCAGGAACCAGAUGUCCUUGAGACGUACCUGUCAUAUCCUCCAUUUCUCCCG